AUGUUCCUCUGUCAGAGAUACACUUCAGAGCCCCUGCGGGAACCCAACAAGGAAGAUCACACAGUGGUGGUGCGUCCGACCAUACAGAAUUGGUACCGCCAAGAGGCAGACCGCCUGGUGCUGAAGGUGCUGGAUGCAGACAACAUGCGCGUAAUAUCCACGGUGCUGGGCCAGUCAGUGGCCCUUGACCAGUACAGUCGCCAAGUGGAUCGCGCUCUGGAGGAGUUCAACUCCAUCAACCGCGAAAUGGAACGCACCGGCAGCUUCACCGUCGGCCGGGGCGACCUGUUCCGCCGCGUUGCCAGAAACAACAUCAUGAUCACGGAGGCCAUAAUCGUGCUGGGCCUGUUGGACCGCAGCGACACAGCGUGGACGAACGACAAGUACUACGGUGUUUGGAGCAUGAUGGCCAGUGAUUACGAGCUUGCCAAUCGCUUUCAGGCCAUGGACAAAAAGCUGACCUUCAUUCAAGACAGUGCCAAGUACUUCCUGGAGAUCCUCCAAGACAACAAGUCCAACUUGCUGGAGUGGUUCAUCAUCAUACUCAUCAUGGCGGAGAUCGUCGUCAGCGUGUACGACCUCUCAACGCGAAGCGCCGGUGGUUAG